GUCCAAUUCGGCCUUAUUUGUUCUGCAGUUUCAUAAUACGGAAGUGCCAUUUUAACUAAAAGCCAUAUUUUUCAUAAAUUUUAAUUUUAUUGUGAUAUUCAGCAUUUAAACAUACAUCCGAAGUGUUAUUUUGUUUGUUUGAUUGUAAAAGAUAUACUUUUUACAUACGCAUAAAAUGAAGGUACUUUCAGGAUAUAUUCUGGUAACAAUGAUAGGUCUUGCUGCAUCACAGGGUAUAUCAGAUAGUAGACUGUUUUCACUCCUACAAGGUCCUUCUAGACGCAUUCAGCUAAGACGAAAUAGUGUAUUUGAUACUCCAAGAGUCAGACAGCAAUAUAAUUUAGGCAUUCACGACGCAGACCAUGUAAAUAUAGUACCAACUGCACGUGCCAGCGCAACGGCCUCUUCAUCAGCGGGUAUACGUAGAAGUCUGGGUGGUUUGGCAGGAAUCCGGUUAAAUGAUUUACUUGGAGGGAGCGGCCUGCUUGCUGGUCACAUUGGUAUUCAACCCCAGGCACUUCCUAAUGUUGCUGUGAGAAGAUCAUCUACAAUAGUCAGACCCAGAAGAACUUUUGUUCUUGGGCAGGGCGUACAUUCAGGCGCUGUAGCUGUACCUUCUCAAAUUGCAACAUCCGGUUUGCCUGCCGGAAGUUCAACAAUGAUGUUUGAUACACCAGAUCCAAAUACACCGGACACGCCCGAUCUUGUUUAUGCCCCGCGAAGCAUGAUGGGUAAUAUGCAUGAGAUUGAAGCUCUCAGAAAUCGAGCAGAGGCUGAUGGUGUGGUGUUCGUAUAAGAUGUUGUCGUGAGAUAGAAGAAGAGGAACAUUGAGUUUAAUACACGAUGCACUAUACAAUACAACAAUGUCAGAAGUCUUGAGAAUUUUUGAAAUACUGAUAUAAAUUGAGCCGUGCCAUGAGAAAACCAACA